AUGGACAAUUUUUUGUGGAAAGAGGACAACAUAAAAAUAGAGGAAUAUUUAAAAAAGAAAUUAGAUGAAGGAGUAAUAAAGGAGAAGGAUGUAUCAGAAAUAAUUUAUCGCUUGAAGGAAUUUCGUUCCUUGAAAUUUGAUAAUUUAAAUUAUCAUUCAGAUAAAUGCAUUUUAGCAAGAGAAGUUGCAGUUAUAUAUAUGAUGACAUAUAAAAAACAUAUAGAAUCUCUGAAAGAUUCAAACAUACAGAUAAUAAUAAAAACUAUAAGAAGAACAGUAUUAAGUAUUAAUAAUAUUAUAAGUAACAUAACAGAACAAAUAUUAAAAUGUUUUAUUAUGUUACGAAAUUUAUAUAGUGAUAUAUUGAAAUUAAAUAAUGUGUAUUUAUCUGAUUAUUGCUUAUAUUCAAUAAUAGAUGGUAUUUUAGGAUUGUUAAAUGAUGAAAAAAUAAAUCAAUCAAAUGCAACAAUAUGGGGAAUAGCAGGUUUUUUAUCCUUAAUUAUUUCAAAUUAUAAAAAAGCUUAUUUUAUAUAUAAAGGAAUAAUUUCCUAUAAAUGUAUUUUUACAAUACCCAUAUUUCUUGAGAACUCCAUAGAAAAACAGAAUAAUUCAAAAGAAGAAUUACAUAAUAUAAUACUUAAAGAGAAUGAUGAACAUCUCUGUUCAAAUUAUUCAAGAAUCGAAGCAUAUGUAAAAUUGCAUUUAUCACUUUUUAUAAUUUUAAAUGAUACUAGAGAAAUAUGGUCUUAUUUAUCAGAAAUAUUAAAUAGUGCAUUUAGAAGGAAAACUUACAUAUAUUUUUGUUUAAUUUAUUCUGCCCUUAAUAUCUCAUCUUAUUAUUGUAAAAUCACUUUUGGGCAUCAUUUUGAUAAUUUGAUGUUAUUAUUAAAAAUGAAACUAAUUCCUAUUUUAGAAGAAGAAUUAAAAAGUAAACCACCACCAACAAAUGUAGAAAAAAUUAUCGACUACUAUGUUAAGAAGCUAUAUGUAGAGCAUUUAAAUAAUAAUUUAAAUUCAACAUUACCAGAUGGAAUAGUGGUAAUACCAGAUGAAAAACUUUUGUAUUUGGGCUUAGGUAGCUAA